AUGUAUUCACAAUUACUCAAAGAAAGUCUUUUGAAAAUUGAUUUUGAUACACAAGACACAAUAAACUUUGUCAAAUUUUUACGAGAAAAAUAUGCUGGCAACGAAAAAACAUGUCAAGUGACUGAUGAAUUCAAACAAAAUUAUGAUGGAACAUCACUGCGUAAUGGGGCAUCGCCUAUUUGGUGGCACACACGAGAUUGGUUAAUUUAUUCGAUACUUAACAAAGCUCUUCGUAAUCAAGAUAUUGGCAUGAUCAUAAAAAUGAGUUUCUUUGCUCGAGAUCUUCAUCAACAAAUUCAGUAA